AUGUCAGGACGCGGAAAGCAGGGAGGCAAGGCCCGCGCCAAGGCCAAGUCGCGCUCGUCCCGCGCCGGCCUGCAGUUCCCGGUGGGCCGGGUGCACCGGCUGCUCCGCAAGGGCAACUACGCCGAGCGGGUGGGGGCCGGCGCCCCGGUAUACCUGGCCGCGGUGCUGGAGUAUCUGACGGCCGAGAUUCUGGAGCUGGCGGGCAACGCGGCCCGCGACAACAAAAAGACGCGCAUCAUCCCUCGCCAUUUGCAGCUGGCCGUGAGAAAUGACGAAGAGCUCAACAAGUUACUCGGGGGUGUCACCAUUGCCCAGGGCGGCGUCCUGCCCAAUAUCCAGGCGGUCUUGUUACCUAAGAAAACGGAGAGUCACAAGCCUGGCAAGAACAAGUAACUGGGAUUGAGAGCAUCCCCACUAACCCCAAAGGCUCUUUUAAGAGCCACCAACCAUGUCAAUUGAGGGGCUGGUAACGAAAUAGCGCCAUUAGCUCUUUUUUUGAAAGAUUAGGUGGCUCUAAAAAGAGCCUUUGAU